AUGUUCUGGUACGGAGAGAACAAGAAACGUCUUUGGAUCAAUUUGUUUGUAUGGGAUAGCGAGAUCCGGCUUGGAUAUUCUACAACGGUGCUAUCACAAGGUCGAGAGCAAACUGCAGGGGCAUAUGCGAAAAAACUGUCCGAUGCCGGAUUUACGACGAUCGUUUACGACGCGGCCUUCCAAGGUGCCAGUGGAGGUGAACCUCAUUAUCUAGAAGACCCAAACGAACGUGUGAGCGAUGUUUAUGCCGCAACGGAUUUCCUCCAGAACAUUGAUUCCGUGGACUCCAAUAAAAUCGGUGUAUUGGGUAUAUGCGCUGGAGGUGGCUACGCCGUAGCCGCUGCGAAGGGGGACCACCGACUGAAAGCUGUUGCUACAGUCAGCAUAGUGAACAUUAGAGACUCGGCACGCCUAGGCUGGGAUGGAGAUGAGGACGCAUCUGAAAAAGUCGACUCUUUACGUGCAGCGGCGGCCCAGAUCACCGCCGAGGCGGAAGGUGCUGAGCGUGCCAGUGCGCCAUAUGUGCCUCCUCAGCCUGUUGACAAGACCCCUCGAGACAUGAAGGAGGCUAGUGACUAUUAUCUCACUCCACGGGCACAGCAUCCCCGCGCUGGAAAUAAGAUGUUAUAUCUUAGCUUUCCCCGGGUGCUCACUUUCGACGUUUUCCACCUAGCGAACGUUUUUCUCAAACAACCUGUUCUUCUCAUCGCUGGUUCGGACGCGGGAUCCCUGUGGCAUACCAAUAAGUUGGAUAAGCUAAUUGACGGCGCGACUGAGAAGAUCAUCGUUCCAAAAGGAGCCCAUAUGGACUUUUAUGACAACGAAGCUUAUGUGGGGCCUGCUGUCAAGGAUGUUGCUGAGUUUAUGAAGAAACAUUUGGUCUGA